AUGGCUUCUGGGUGCCUCCACCUGCUCUUACUAGUUACUUCUUCCUCAAAACCACCAGCUGACAUCUUUGAUGGAACCUCCAGGUUGCUCGUUGCUUACCUAUGCCCGUUUGCAAAAGCAGCAUGGAUCGCAAGGAAUUACAAGGGAUUGCAAGAUAGGGUAAAACUGAUUGCUAUUGACCUAGAGAGUUGGCCAGCCUGGUACCAGCAGAAGCUUUACCCAGCAAACGAGGUUAGAUAUUUACUUGCGCUAUGUGCCGACAACAAUCAAGUUAAAGGAGGCUCUAUUGAAAUAAUCAACUAUUUCGAGGAAAACUUUGAAGGUCCUUCAGUUCUUCCUGAUGAUCCUGCCAGGAAAGCAUUCGCUGAAAAGUUGCUUUCCUACUCCAACUCUUUCUAUGGAGGUGUAAUUUCUUCUUUCAUGGCAAAUGGAGCAGGUAAAACUGGUGCUGCUUUUGAUUACCUUGAGGAUGCCCUUGGCAAAUUUGAUGAUGGUCCUUUUUUCCUUGGACAAUUCAGUCUGGUGGAUAUGGUUUUUGCUCCACACGUUGAAAUGUUCCAACCAUUCCUAUUGGAUUUCAAGAAGUAUGAUAUUACAGAGGGCAGGCCAAAACUAGCAGCAUGGAUUGAGGAAGUUAAUAAGAUUAAGGCUUAUACAGCGACAAAGUUUGAUCCUGACAAGCUUUUAGCAACUCUGAAAAGACGUUUUAAGUUUAAGGUUGUAACACCUGUAUUUUCGUUAUCCGGCUGGUCUGUAGAGAAUUUACUGUGUCCUUUUAUCUUCUUGUGCAUUUGA